AUGGCAGAUAUAAGUCCCUUCAAGGGACUGGAAACGUCAGCAUCCGACGCCGCCUCGGCGCCGCCGGCACAUGCAUUAUCCCUUGUCCAGCCUUCCACCAAGAAAAAACGCAAACCCGUCAAAGUAUUCCGACUUCUCCGAUCAGUUUUCCGGUCAUUCCCUAUCAUAACUCCGGCAGCCUGCAAGUUCCCUGCCCUUCCCAGAGGGCGCUUGCCUGACACCCGCACCUCCGCCGCAGGCUCUCGUAUCACUGGCACGCUUUUCGGGUAUCGGAAAGGCCGCGUCAGCUUCUCCAUACAAGAAAACUCUGGGAUCGUGCCGUCGUUGGUGGUCGAGCUGGCAAUGGUAACCAAUGUGUUGCAAAAGGAAAUGAGCCUCGGAUUGGUGAGAAUCGCCCUCGAAUGCGAAAAACAAAUCCAAAGGGAAAAGAUAAAGCUCCUGGAGGAGCCAUUAUGGACAAUGUAUUCUAAUGGAAAGAAAAUUGGUUAUGGCGUUAAAAGGGAUGCCACGGAGGAGGAUUUGCAUGUCAUGGAGGUGCUCAAGGCGGUGCCGAUGGGAGCCGGUGUGUUACCAGGGCGGUCGGAGGCAGAGGGACCGGAAGGCGAGAUGGCCUAUAUUCGAGCACAUUUCGAACACAUUGUCGGAUCGAAGGACUCGGAGACACUUUACAUGUUGAGUCCCGAUAAAAACAACGGACCUGAGUUGAGUAUUUUCUUUGUUAGAGUAUGA